CAAGUUGCAUACUGUAAAGAGAGAUACACUACUACUUGCAAAUCCUUUAGCAUUUCUUGUCAUUGUUGCCAGUGUAACAGGGUUGAUUGUUUCAUUACUACUGUGAUCAAUAUAUUAGAUCUGUAAGUGCAGACAGAUGUGUUAAAUCUGGAAAAAUGGUGUGUGAGUGUGUGUGUGACUCCUAAUCCUUCUGAGGUGCAUUCCAAAAUGAAGGAUUGUGAAGAUUGUGCCUCACUUUGUUUUAGUCAAAUAAAUUUUGGUUGGAUGAUGUUACUUGUGAUACUGUGGAUAGGAUCCAAGAAGUGAACUCUGCAGAAUAAUUUUAAGAUAAAAAAAAUCAUGUUAUUUUUUCCUCACUGACAAGCACAUGGAUUAUUGUUGAUUUGUAUAGUCCUGCCUUUAUUCCAAAAUAAAAAAAUGCACAGCUUACAAUAUGUCAGAGUCUGGGAAGGAAAUAUGCAAAACCUUAAUGUUUUUCUUUUGCUACAAUCUGUUAAAGUAAACCUAAAACAUUGGUAUAUAAUGUUAGGAAACCAAAGAAGUAUAUAUAUUUUUUGUAGUAUUGUAAGGUGCUAAUACUGCUCUCUGUAACCUGAAACCUGUUGCUUAAAAUGUGAAUAGGAAUCUAAAAAAAAAUGCUUUGAUAGAAACACCUAGUUUGAUGGUAUUAUGAUGUUAAAUAAAUCACCAGUUAGUUCAAACAGAAUUUUUUUGUAUGUUUUAAACUGAAGAAGACAGAAGAGCUGAAGCAACAGAAGCUGAAAGUAUGACAAGUGCUAGAACAAGAUGUCCCUCCGCUUGAUGAGCACUGCCGCUCUCAGAACUCUGCGACGAGGAUGCUGCUGCAGGAUCAAGGAGCCCCGAUUCUCUUUUUACUUGCCAACAGCUCAGAGUCUCCACACAUCACCCUUUGUAACACAGCAGGAGGGUAAUGUUAUGAAUGUGUUUGAUCGUCAAGCAAAACGUUUGCAAAGAGAAAGAGCUGCAAGGAAUCCCGAUGUUGCAGUUUUCGAUUAUUUGAAAGAGGAAAUUGGUUAUCGUUUAGCUGACCGCAUCAAUGACAUAAAGCGGGAGUUGAAGACUGGUCUAGAUCUUGGAACAGGUCGAGGAUAUGUUGCCAAGAAUAUAACAGAUGCUUCAUUAGAAGAGUUGUAUAUGAGUGAUUUGUCUCCGUCAAUGUUGGAAUCGGCAGAAACUCCUCAGGAUGUGAAGUUUAAGAAGAUGGUGAUUGAUGAAGAAGGAAAGUUUCCGUUCGAAAAUAAAGCACUUGACCUCGUUAUAUCAAAUUUAAAUCUUCAUUGGGUGAACAAUCUACCGGGUUGCCUCAAGGAAAUCUAUAGAGUGUUGGGAGAAGAUGGUGUUUUCCUGGCAUCGGUGUUUGGGGGAGACACUCUAUAUGAACUUCGCUCGUCUUUGGUGCUGGCUGAACUAGAGAGAGAAGGUGGCUUUUCUGCACACGUCUCACCCUUUGCAGAGAUAAGGGAUAUCGGCAGCCUCCUCAGCCAGAGUGGGUUUACCAUGCUCACAAUCGACACGGAUGAGAUUUCUGUUGGUUUUCCAUCCAUGUUUGAACUGAUGUGGGACCUUCAAGGAAUGGCAGAAAAUAAUGCUGGUGUCAAUCGUAAACCCCAUCUCCACAGGGACACACUGCUUGCUGCUAGUGCCAUUUAUCAAGAAAUGUAUGGGAAUGAAAAUGGGAUUCCAGCAACAUUCCAGAUUAUAUAUAUGAUAGGAUGGAAGCCAGAUCCAAAACAGAAGGGCACCCAAGCGGAGAGAGGCAGUGGUCAAGUUUCUCUCAAGGACUUGCACAAGUUGGAUGACAUGAUCCGAGAUGCAGGAAUGGAGGGCAGAAUUAAGUUCAUGCAAGACAUGAUUUCAGACGACAAAGACAAGAAAGAUUAGAACGUGAACCCAAGUCUAAGAAUGUAAAUACUAAUGCUGAUGGAAGAAUUGCUCUUGAUGUAGUGAAAAGAAAAAAAGUGAAAGAGGAGAGGCAUAAUUUUCUGAAGUUUAAAGAGUAUAGAUUGUUUUUUGCACUACAUUGUUUGACACAUUUUUAGAUAACCUGUGAUGAGCAAAGGUUUGCAAGUAAAGAGAGUUGAGCAUUAUAUCAACUUGCAUAUAUAUAUAUCAUGUGGUUAGCACAUCCUCACUGAAUAAACCAGCCCUUUUACAUUUGCACAUAAAGGCAGUUUAAGGCUACAGUUUCAUUUAGAACUCAUUAUCCAUUUGAAAAACAAAUCUUUCUAACCAGACUUCUGGAUAGCUGUGUUGUCCCCAUUUUCCUACACUCAUUUAAUUGAGCAAUACUCUGGGUGUGGAGAAUGUCCACAAUGCUUUAAAUAUAGUCCUGUUUUGUGUAGUGAGUAGAUUUUAUAUGAAGAGUUGCUGCAAAAUGUGCAAUGGUUGUACAAGGAAAAUGUGUAUAUAUUUCAAACUUUAAUUUCUUGCCUAUAAAGGUGAACUUUCAUAGAAACAUUUAUUUGGUCAUGCUAAAAUCUUUAAAGUUUUUAGAAUUAGUAAAACAUAUAACCCCAAAAUAUACAAGUUAUUACAGUUGCACAAGAAAUGAAAUUAUUACAGAAUUAUUAUAUCAUAGUGCCUCCUGAUUCAUUAGAUCUAUUAUCUUAAUUUAUUGAAAAUAAUUACCUAGCAUUGACAGUGUGUCUUGAUCACUAGUUCUUAGAGGCACAUCAUGUCAAGCUUGCAUCUUCCAUGUAUGUAGCUUUUGGUAAUUGUAUAUUUUUGUUGUAUACAGCAAUUUUCUAUGGAAAUAAAAAGAAUAUUGUAUGA